AUGGCAGAGCUCAGCUUCAACGUGGAUCAUGGCUACCUGGAGGGUCUCGUUAGAGGAAUGAAGGCCGGAAUCCUGACUCGCACCGACUACCACAAUCUGGCUCAGUGUGACACACUUGAGGACAUGAAGUUGCAUCUGCAGUGCACCGACUACGGAAAGACACUGUCCACGUCUGAAGACGACCUGACUGUGUCUCUGGUGGACAGCAGGUUGAGAGACAACCUGGUGGCUGAAUUCAGCUGCCUUCGCUCCAAUGCCCUUCCUCCACUGUCAACCUUCCUCGACUACAUAACUUACAGCUACAUGAUCGACAAUGUGGUGAUGCUGAUCACCGGGGCCCUGAAGCAGAGAGAUGUGGCGGAGCUCCUCCCUCGCUGUCACCCACUGGGAGCGUUUGACCAAAUGGCCGCCGUGGGCAUCGCUCGCACCCCGACGGAGCUCUACUCAGCCGUCCUGGUGGACACACCACUAGCUCCUUUUUUCCAUGACGCUGUAUCUGAGUCGAACCUGGAUGAGAUGGAAGCUGAAAUCCUCAGAAACAAACUGUUUAAGGCGUAUUUAGAGUCGUUCCACUCUUUCUGCAAGAACAUUGGUGGAGCGACCAAAGAUAUAAUGUGUCCUGUCCUGGAGUUCGAGGCCGACAGGCGGGCCUUCAUCAUCACAGUGAACUCCUUCGGGACAGAUCUCAGCAGUGCAGACAGGAGUGCUUUGUAUCCGGCUUGUGGUGAACUCCAUCCCGAAGGGCUGCGCCUGCUGGGCAGAGCGCAGGACGCCGCGCAGGUCAAAGAUGUGGCCGACUGUUACCCGGCGUAUAAGAUCAUUUUUGAUGAACCGGAGCCAGGAUCAGGCUUUAAGACGCUGGAGGACAGAUUCUUUGAACAAGAGGUGAAACUGAACGCACUUGCCUUCCUGCAGCAGUUCCACUUUGGAGUAUUUUACUCCUACAUCAAACUGAAGGAGCAGGAGAGUCGCAACAUCGUCUGGAUUGCUGAGUGUGUCACACAGAGGCAGAAAUCCAAGAUACACAACUACAUUCCCAUCUUCCAAGGAACUGAGCAAUAGAAACAUAUA